AUGAACUUUAAGGUUGCUCUUGCCCUCCUCUUUGCUUCCGCGGCUAUGGCAGUCCCAGGCCAGGUUCAAGACAGCAAUGUCCUCGCUCGUGAUCCUCAAAGAGGUCGUCCGGUUGGACCCCCCGGCCCAAGCUGCUGUUCAUUCAUCCCCGGUGAAUGUAACUGCAGCUGCUGCCCCUCCGGUGGGAAUUGUGCCACUGCCCAGGACCCCAACGCUACCUGCCCUUAG